GGAGCCCCCCCGCGCCCCGCCGCGACCACCGGCCGGGGGGCCGAGCCCGAGGCCGGGGCGCCGCCAGCAGAGCCCCCCAUGUCACACGACCUCUGGGUGGGCCCCUGGAGACCGCACCGGCCCCGGGGGCCCACCUCGGCCGGGUACCGCAGCCCCGGGCCCAAGUACCGGAUCCCCGGCAGCAUCGGCCAAGACCGGCGCGACCCCUCCGGCCGCCGCGCCCCCGCCUACAGCUUCGGGAUGAGGCUGGGGGGCCCCGAGGAGCCGCGCUCGCCCGGCCCGCAGUACCUGGUGCCCGCCGGCUUCACGGCCCGCGGCCGGGACCGCGGGCCCGCCUUCACCAUGGGCGGCCGGCCCCGCGAGCGCCGCGCCAGCAACACACCUGGGCCAGCGUAUUAUUGCCCCGAGCAGGCCACCAGGGUGACCCUGCCCUCGGCCCCCGCCUGCUCCGUGAGGUCCCGCGCCCGCCCGGACAGACCCCAGCAGACGCCAGGCCCUGCCACCUACCAGCUGCCCCCCGUGGCGGGGCCCCGCCUGGUGAACAAGGCAUCGACCCCCCAGUGCAUCAUGACAGGGCGAGGCCCCAGCAUCUUCGAGGACAAUAAACAGACCCCAGGACCCAACAACUACGGCACCGUGGACCCCAACUUGUACAUGGCGCGGGCGCCCCGCUGCACCAUAGUGGGGCGGACCCGCUCGCCCCCGACCUCCAAGACGCCCAGCCCCAGCGACUACUACCCCAAACCGGACCAGAAACAAGGACAGACCUUCGGCGUGCGCCACUCGGAGAGCGUGGUGCCCAUGAGGGACUCGCGCCUGUAGGGGAGCGGGGACGUGGGUGACACCGCCAGCCUGUGGCAAGCACGAACUGCAGCAGCACCCGCUCACGCUCCUGGGUGACACCGCCAUCUGUGACAAACACGAGCUCCAGCAGCACUCGCUCACUCUCCUGUCCCGCUGCGUCGCACGGGGGGCCGGGGGCUCCCCUAAAGCCGCACUUCGCCCAUCCCCAGGGAGACCCUGGCAAGGCCACGGAGAGGGACCCCGUGGGGGGGUGGGACGUGCCAGGGGUGAGGGAUGUGCUAGCAGCCCCCGCCCUGCUCCAGUCCCAUCCCAUCCUGCCCGGGACCUCGGGGCGUGGGGGCUCUGGGGACACCCGACAGGGAGGGGACAUCCCUCAGCGCCGCGCCUUGAGGGCUCUGUGGGCUCUGUGCCGUGGGGGAUCCCCGGCACGGCACCACCUGCCAGUGU